AUGUCGACUGAUAAUUAUCAAGAUCCACUACUCGAACGAACGUUAUCUUGGCAAGACGUAAGAGAUACCCCCUCAUUAUCUACUAGACGGUCGUCAACUGUGGAUCACGUAGACGGAUAUCGAUAUGUGGAUUGCUCCAAUAGAAAAUACCGGAAACCACCAUUACAAUUCUCUAUAUCUAUCACUAGCAUUGAUGGUAAUACUAACAAAACAACUUGUCACCCCGGAUCUAUUUUUGAAGGGAUGGUUCAUAUGAAGUUAGAUACACCGUUAGCAGCGGAACACCUUAGACUGGUAUUUAAGGCAUCAGAACGUAUUCAUCAUGAGGCACAUACUCGGAAGAGAGGAGAAAGAUUGUUUGCGAUAAAGACAGUAUUAUGGGGUUCAACAGCUAGACGCAAUGAAGAGCAAUGGCCACUCAUCGAAUCUGGUGAACACCAAUUUCCUUUUAUGUGUGAAAUCCCAAUGGUGAAUUAUCCGCCUACGUACAGAAACCAUUUGGCAUCAUGUGUUUUCGAAUUAAUGGCUUGUCUCGAUAGACCUGGUAUUCGACCAUUUCAAACAGUCCCAACUACAAUUCGUUAUGAACCAUACAUUGUGUCUACAACUAAUAUACUACCAAACAUAUACCAGCAAGAAGCACUCAUCAACAAUCAUAAAGUCCUGGUGACUUUGUCCAAAGGUUGCUCUUUUAAUUUACUAGAUAGAAAUUCCGAUUUAAUCAAGUUACAGCUAUUUGUUACACGACCAAUUGAAUUGUUUAGUCACAUUGAAGUGUUCAUAAAAAGAAAUAUACAGGUGAGUUUUGGAGCGUAUCAAAGAUCGGAUAGUAUGGUCAUGAGUCAUGUAGAACAAUCCAGCUUCGGUGUUGAGAGAAAGAGUGAAAACGGCUGUACUUACUACAUACGAUUACCUAUCCCGACUGAAAUCAGUAAACAUAAUAAUCCAACCAUUCUCAAAAACUUUAGUGUUUUUGGUAUGACACCCAGUUUUGAUUUCUCUCGCCAUGUAAAAAUGGACUAUAAAUUGCACAUUACUGCGAAAAUUAAAACGGGGUUAAUAUCAUCAAAACGUGAGCUAUUUGCUAUACCGCUGCAUUUUGGUACUGUGGCCUCUGGUGAGCCACUGCCCCCAAAUUUGUUAUCCUAUAGAGAUCCUCAGGUUAUCCAGGACACAACAUUAAGUACAAAGCCAAGGUUCAUAAAGGCAACACUACCUGAGGAGCAACUACCAGCAUAUGAUCAUGAUCUAUCACCUCCGGAGUAUUCAUCUGGAUUGCGCAGCAUUACGUCAUCAUAA